CAAAGAAAGACUCCAUUUAUUAAAUAAGGAAACUCUGACAUUCCUAUAUAAAGCCUAUACCGAAGAGUAGUUCUGAUUCGUAGUUAUAAUAUACAGUAUACACUAUACUAGUCAGUAGUCGAUAUAAAAACCAACGUUGAGUUUGUAGAGUAUUUGACUAUACCAAACGAUAUUUAUGUGUUAUCACUUAUCACUACAUGAAUUGUUGAUCUCCGAAAGUUGCUUCAUUAGAGUUGAAAAUUAGUGACUAUUGUUUAUUGUUUUUAAAUUCGUCUUUAUAUUGAGUAAGAACAAAUAGUUUUUUUAAUGAAACUAUUGUUAUCUUUGGAUAAUUACGAUAACUAAUGUCGUGUAAGUGAUUGAAUGAGAUAAAUAAAAAAAUAAAUACAUUUUUGAUAAAGUAGCAGUAUUUAAAAGAUAAUUAGGGGUGGCGGAAGACAGGAAUUAAAAGCCAUGAGUGAGAGACCACAACCAUUGAAAGCUAUCAACCGUUUCUUUGAGGGCAAGGAACCAUGGCAGAUAGUUACCAUGACUGCAUCAUCAGUACUUGCAAUAGUGUGGGCCCAUAGUCUAUACAAUGCUAAAGAUCCUGUAACUGUGAGGUUACGGAGGGAAUUCUUCAGGUGGCUUCGCUGCGUUCCGAUUGUGAGACGUAAGAUAGAAGAGAAGAUGACAGAAAUAAGGAACGGAUUUAAGAAGGAUGUCAACAAACGUCUGGCCGGCAUGACCAUAUAUAAAGAACUGCCGCAGAUUGGUUUUACAGCUGAACAAGUUGCCGAGGAAGUGAAAUUGCAUCUUAGUUUGGGAUCUUACGACUGGAAGGGAGGUAACGUCUCCGGGGCUGUUUAUCACUUGGAUGAAGACAUAUGUAAAGUCGCCUGUGAAGCGUAUUCGUCUACAGCCUACACAAACCCCUUACACGCUGAUGUGUUUCCCGGAAUCAACAAAAUGGAGGCCGAGAUUGUUAGGAUGACGGUCAAUCUCUUCCACGGGGAUGAGAACUGUUGUGGAACGGUAACGACGGGUGGUACGGAGUCUAUAAUGAUGGCGUGUAAGGCUUUCAGGGACCUGGCAUAUAGCAAGGGUAUCAGCAACCCUCAGAUGGUCAUACCUACCACCGCCCACACAGCCUUCGACAAGGCCGCCCAGUACUUGAACAUUUCAGUGGUAACAAUACCGGUCUCGUCAGAAACUUAUACCGUUGACAUAGAGGCUGUCAAACGAGCUAUAGGCAGAAGGACAUGUAUGAUAGUGGGUUCAGCUCCGAACUACCCGUACGGCACCAUGGACGAUAUAAAGUCGCUGUCAGACAUAGCGCUGGAGUAUGACGUGCCGUUACACGUAGACGCCUGUCUCGGUGGGUUCAUAGCGGCCUUCAUGACGGAGGCUGGGUACAAUGUACCCGUGUUCGACUUCAGACUGCCCGGUGUUGCCAGUAUAUCAGCUGACACCCAUAAGUAUGGAUACGCGCCCAAGGGUACGUCGGUGAUAGUGUACCGUAAGGAAGAAUACAGACAUCACCAGUAUACAGUGAGCACCGAGUGGCCGGGAGGGGUGUACGGCUCGCCCACCGUUAAUGGCAGUCGUGCGGGCGGCCUGAUAGCGGCGUGCUGGGCCACCAUGAUGUACGUCGGCCGCGAACAGUACGUGCGGAUGGCGGGCGAGGUCGUCCACACGGCCAGGAGGAUAGAGGACGAGAUCCGUAAGAUUAAUGGAUUGUUCAUAUUCGGCCAGCCCGCGACCACCGUGGUGGCGUUCGGGUCCAACAGCUUUGACAUCUUCAAACUAGCGGACCUCCUGCAUCAGAAGGGUUGGAGCUUGAACGCCUUGCAAUUUCCUUCCGGAAUCCAUAUUGCGGUGACUCAUGCUCACACUAGAGCUGGUGUCGCUGACAGGUUCUUGGCUGACCUGAAGGAGACUACAGCUGUUUGUAUGAAGGAAGGAAGUGCUCCAGUAGAGGGGAAGAUGGCUAUUUACGGUGUGGCACAGAGUAUACCAGAUAGAAGUCUAGUGUCAGACAUCACUAAAUACUUCAUCGAUUCCAUGUACUAUUUACCCAAGCCCGGUGAUGAUGUGGAAUGAUUUCAUAAUUGUCACCAAAUAGCCAAUCAGUUUACAGUCGCUUUAAUAUAAGUGAUGUCACUUUAUAUCUAUCACAAUUUGUAUAUAUUUUUUGUGUAGGAAAUGUCUUUAACAUAUUUUUUUUGGGUCUUAAAGAUCAUAUGUAUUCCAAGUGUUUUUACAAUCUUACAUAUGUAAUUUUUUUAUUGUACUAGUUUAGUGCUUCCAGUCUGUUUAUUAUAUAAUAAAUGUUUAAAAUGUU